AUGAAGUUAACUUUGGGAUGUAUUUUGAUGCUGAUAGCAAUAACAAAUUUCAACGUGGGUAGCACAUAUAGGUUAAAGAGGUCUCCUCAAGAUAAACCAUUUGAAAUUAGUCACAUUACAAAAACAGAUGAAGAUGGUAACCUCAAUGCUGGUGUUACUGUGAAAAAUGAUAACUUCAGUAUAGGUUGGGACCAAGUUUUCGAUGGAUCCGGUAAAUCUAAACCAAAUUUCAACAUAGGUGGUGCAUUCAAGUUCAAAAGGUCUCCUCAAGAAGAACCACCAAAAUCACCAUGGGAAAUUAGCCACGUUACAAAAACAGAUGAAGAUGGUAAUAUCAACGCUGGUGUUGAUGUGAAACAUGAUAAUUUUAGUUUUAGUUGGGACCAAGUUUUCGAUGGUUCCGGUAAAUCUAAACCAAGUUUCAACUUUAAAAUUUAA